AUGGACGAUCGGCUGGAAUUCCUGUUACCCCUUGAGCCAGUGCAGGGUCAAGAAUACGUCUUUCGUCACCAUGUUCCUCUCAAAGCAGAGGUAGCGGUACAAUACUGGUCACGUCGAGAUGGCAAGACUCAGCCGCCAGAGCACCUGCUCGUGUUCAUAUUGGGUGAGCGCCCUUUACCGCAUCAGCUUAUGAUAGGCAAUCCCGGCUUGUUAGGCUACUAUCCGCCGUUCCUGUCACACCUACACUCCAUACUUCCUCCGACCCAUGCGAUUCUAUCCACCUCAAACAUCGGUCACUCCCCUUACUUGAAAGCCCCUGAUAUUCCCCUGGACCUCGAUGGGCAAUUAGCGUCCAAAGUCGAGCUGGUUCAGAGCUUAUCGGCUCAUCUCUCAGCCUGGGCACUCAAGGAAGGAGUUGAGAAGCCUAGAUUGUCCUUGAUAGGUCAUUCGGUUGGCGCUUGGUUGAGCUGUCAAGUCAAAAAGAGGCUCCCAGAGCUUCUGGAUGCAGUCUUUUUGCUGUUUCCGACGGUCGGGUGGAUUUCAGAGACUUGGAACGGACGGACAUUGUGGCCAAUCUUCCGCUGGCCGACGAGACAGUUAUUACCGACCCUGGCGCCAUUACUAGGCCCCAUCUUACCCCUCACGACGUUUCCGCCGACGACGCUGACACUCCUGCGGUCACCGAUAACCAUAAGGCACUGCUUGGACCUCAGCGUGUCUGAGAUGGAGGUGAUCAGAGAUCCUGACCUCGGAUGGUUUUCUGAACAGGCGAUGUACGAAAGCGCAGACUCAACAGAGACCUCCCAGGCAGUCCGAGGGGUGUAUGGCAUUUGGUCAGCUGGGUCAUUGGACGGGUCGGUCGGUCGAGAGGGACGAAUGGUCCAGGAUGCACUUGGCGGGCCUCAUGGGGGUCGAGUCAAAGUCCUGCACAAGGUCCCUCACGCUUUCUGCCUGACCCUGGAACAUUCAAGGGUUGUAGCUGAAUCGUUAGCGGAGUGGCUGAAGAGCCGCCCAUUGUAG